AUAAUCAGAGGAUGAGACAAAGGGUCAGACAUUUCGUGACAUUGCAACGGAACAGUCAGUGAUUGACUUGAUGACGCCAGCUUAUUCUUAGCAACAGGGCCGGAUCUGAUGUGUGCGUCAGUCUCGACUCGACGAUCGCAUCCGGUGGAGCACAAUCGUUACUUGCUAUGCCGACCACAUCCAGCGUCAGAUAUAUCACCUUUAAUUCAGCAGCCAUGGCUCUUGCCAUCGUCCGUUUUCUGGUUAUUUCUAUCCCGACGAUCUAUCCCGACUAACUAGCUUUGCCAGCUCCAGAGACUUCAGGAUAUGCGCACAGCCGGCCAUGGCCUCACUACAAAUACACACGCCAGGAUGCUGUUCCUUAGCCUGCUCUCCCACGCCUCAGCCUGGCUAAAAGCCCGUCGCCCCAAUUCCAUGCUGUCGCAAGUGGACCGCUUGCUGGGGGCUUCGCCCUGCAUGGACGUCCGCAUCCACCUCUGCAAGGAGUCUUCUGCAGACGCCGUCGCGGGCCAGGUCGUUCUCGCCUCCGACACACAGCUGGACAUCGCCACGGUCGCAAUCAGGCUCUCGGGGUCCGCGACGUCGAGAGUGCACUCUGGACGACUUAGCGAGUCGCAUCAGCUCUUCAAUAUAUCCGAGCAGCUGUUCCCGCCGAGUAAAUUCGCCAACUCUUUUAGCUGCAAGAAUGUCACUCUGCCGCCAGGGGAACAUGUCUUUGCAUUCUCAAUCAAGCUCCCCCAGACAACACAACACAAGACGAGCAAAAGGUCGCAACUGCCACCAUCCACGGGCGACAAAUCAUCCCCAGAGGAGAUCAAGUACGUCCUCGAAGCGACAGUCCGCCAAAAUGGCUUUGGCCGUGGUCUCCUCCGCGGCCGCAAAGCUACCCGGAGCAUAAAUAUCCCCUCCCAACCCAACACAACACUCCCCUCACAACCACAAAUCCAAGCCCAAACGAGGAGAAUCACCUCCACCGCAGGUACCGAGCCGUCAACAUGCGAGGCCCGCGCAAAGCUCAACGGGCCCUUCCUCGUCCUCAACAACCCCAUCCCACUCUCCGUGGAAAUCGCCAACAUCAGCACCGACAGCAUCUACCUGCACGACUUCCAGACCAUGCUCUUCGAAACAACCGACGUUCGCGCCAAGGGACACUCAGAAUCGCACACCCGGUCGUGGGUCGUGCAGACAAUGGCUAAUCUGCAGCAACCGUUUGUGCCUGAGAUUCGAGAUAUCGACGGGACGGACGGGGAAGAAGAACUGGUCUUUAGUCUGGACAAAAGUCUAUGGAGCCGGUAUAUUGUUCCGCCAGCGCUGUCUCCUUCGUUCGAGACGAGUAAUAUCCGUCGUCGCUAUAGACUGGAGAUUCGGCUUGGGAUUAGAUUUGGGGGGAAUAACGUGAGUUUUCUUCCCUUCUAUCUUGCUACAUAGCUAAACUAAUAUCCUGCAGAUCCGGAUAGUGGAGUUCCAGUUUCCUGUUCAAGUUGUCUCGCUUGGGGAAUCUGCGCUGAGGCCUCCUGCGAUUGACAUGGAGAUGCCGGCGCCGGAGUAUCGAGAGAAGGAGCUGGAGCUGGAGGUGUAGAUUAUGAUAAUAUGUAUAUAAAUCGUGAAUGAAUUAUGAUCUGCAAUUACUGAUACCAGAACUAUUAAGAACUAUUAUUCAGAGAUUAAAUUAGAUAAUUACUUAUUGGCGACUAGUGGUAUAAAUGAAUGGAUAAUUGCAUAGAUAAUUAAGCAAGGGUAUGCCGGCUAUUUUUAGCUGGUAUACUUGCAGCUUCUACUAGUACAGGCCAAGAGAACAUUUCAACACUUCCAGAACAUCAGAACCAUCAAAGACAAU